AUGGCGGACGACGAUUACAACGAAAUCGACAUGGGGUUAGAUCUCUCCCUCAUCCUUCCUCCCCUCUCUGGUGCUUGUCUCGCCAGGUCACGCAAAGGCUACGAGGAUGAGCCCGCAGAACCUGAGAUUGAGGAAGGGGCUGAAGAAGAGCCUGAGAACAAUGAAGAUGCCCCUGAUGACGUCAUAGGUGGAGAGGGUGAAGACAAGGAACAGGAAAAGACCAAGCGUGAGCGCAAAACAACAAAAUACAUGACGAAGUAUGAACGUGCGCGCAUUCUGGGUACUCGAGCCUUGCAGAUAAGCAUGAAUGCUCCAGUCAUGGUUGAGCUUGAGGGAGAAACUGACCCUCUUGAGAUUGCGAUGAAGGAGCUGAGAGCGCGCAAGAUACCCUUCACAAUCAGACGGUACUUACCUGAUGGAAGCUAUGAAGACUGGGGAGUAGACGAGCUCAUUGUGGAGGACUCCUGGAAACGCCAGGUUGGUGGAGACUGA